AUGGCUAAUCGACGACCAGAUGUACAUUGUUACACGGCAAGCGAGUAUGCUGACAUGCAUCUUGUUUAUGGAGAAACAAGGCGUAUUAACACUAGAGGUGGAGCAAGUUAUUCUGCCAGAAAGGCUGCCAGGAUUUACGCUGAGCGGAAUCCGAACCGUCAGCACCCAGCUUAUGGAGUAUUUUUAAGAGUACACGACGCUUACUCACAGGGUCGAUUUCCUGGUGGUCCUCGUAGUGAAGGAAGACCUCGGAGACAUAACGACGAUGUUGUUGUAGAGCACGUAACAACGGAUCCGUCGACGUCGCUGCGCGCUAUUGAACGAAGAACUGGCAUUCCAAGAUCAUCUGCACACCGAAUACUGCAAACGUUAAGAUACCAUCCGUAUCAGAUGCAAAAGGUGCAGUUUGUUUUAAAUAGAGAUUAUGCACCGCGUGUACAAUUUUUUGCCGAAAAAUUAUCGAGCUAA